AUGUCAUCACAGUUUAGGAAGUCUAGCCAUAACAAGAAACUGAAUCCAGAGGUUAAAUUCAAGUUGGAGACUUUAACAGAAUUGUUCCCUGACUGGACAAACGACGAUCUAAUUGACCUAGUUCAUGAAUAUGAUGAUUUGGAGACCAUCAUUGAUAAGAUUACAUCUGGUGCGGCCACCAAGUGGGAUGAGGUAAAGAAACCGUCAAAAAAGGAAAGACAGGAAAAGAAGCAGGAACAACUACAGCUGCAGCAGCAACAAUCACUAUCGGUGCAGGAACAAGAUGGUGGUUCGUCGCAUCACAGUUCUAUAACUCAUGGACAUCAUAGUCAUACUCAUAGUCACCAUUCCAAAUCGGCUCAAAACGGGAGCUCCGUUUCAGGUCCAAAGUUUUCUAAUAGCAGCAGCGGUGCAAGAAGUAAAAGGGGCGGACAAUCACAGUCAGCGGGAGGAGCUCAACAAGGAACACGAGCCACCAGACAUAAUGAGGAUGGCUCGAAAUCUGUAGCAAAUGCUUCUCGUAGUAAACCGGUGACAAAUUCAAGCUCUUGGGCAGCUAUCGCAUCUUCAGAAAACAAAAAGAAGUCGCAUGAAGCAAAGGAUCCUGUGGGUGACGAAGAGGAAUUUCCAGAAGAAAAAAAGGUAUUGGAUGAAAGUAUUGAUGAGCGAAAAGUUGAUGAACCAAAAACUAACGAAACGAUAGAAACUUCAAGUCUGUCAAAGACAAAUAAACCAGUUCCCAAUGCGUCAACGCCAUCUAAUGUGGAAAAGCCAAAGAAAAUGUCUUGGGCUGCAAUUGCAUCUCCUAAACCAAAAAUUGUUCAAAAGAAACCUUCAGCCUUUAGUAAUGUUAAUGGAUUAAGGAAAGAAGUUGAAAGCAUAGCAAAAGCUGAUGAAGUCGUAAAAUCAGAUCAAACUCUUUUGGAACCAUUAGGUAGUCCACAACAACAGCAGCAAGAACAGGAAAAACCCCAGGAUGAAAGUCUUGAUCAACAACUCGAGCAAGAGAAAGAAGCUAAACAAGAAAAUGGAAGUGGCAAAAGCGAUGAACUGCAACAACAACAGCAGCAACAAAAUCAAGAGCAGAAACAGCAAGAAUCUACUGUUCAAGAUGAUGUCAAGGCUGUUCCAGUGGAAGAGACAAUCACUAUAACAGAAUCAACAAUUGCAAACUCACCACAGGAACCUGUUCAAGUCGAAGUACAAGUUGAAAAGCAAGAACAACCAAUUGUGGAAGGUAUUGAUGUUAAACAGCAAGAGGAAGCAUAUUAUCAACAGCAACAACAGCAAUAUUUGUCACAACAACAGCAGCAGCAACAACCACAACAGCAACAGCAACAGCAAUAUGCUGAAAAUCAACAGCAACAGCAGCAGCCAGGCGCUAAUGCUGCUCAACAGCAAUAUUACAUGUAUCAAAAUCAAUUUCCAGGUUAUUCCUACCCUGGCAUGUUCGACUCUCAAAGCUACUACGGUCAACAACAGUAUCAACAGCCAACGCAACAAGGUGCUGCUGCUGCUGGUACUAGUGGAGCUUCUGGGUCAAACCUUUACCAUUUGCCUCAAGGCUAUGGUCAGGCUGCUGCUGCAGGAACACCUGAUAUGGCAACCGCUAGCACAGCAUCUCCAGCUACUUCCCAUGCCCAACCACAACAACAGCAACAGCAACAGCAACCUUAUGGUGGUACUUUCAUGCCAUAUUAUGCUCAUUUCUACCAACAGUCCUUUCCAUAUGCUCAACCACAAUAUGGUAUGGCUGGUCAAUAUCCUUAUCAAGUUCCAAAAGCUGGAUACAACUACUACCAACCACAACAAGCACAAGGUAGACAGGGUCAGGGUAGACAGGGUCAACAAAGUCCAGUACAAUCUCAAUCACCAUCACAGCAAGCUGAAGAUAUUCAGCAACUGCAGGCUCAACAGGCUCAACAGGCUCAACAGGCUCAACAAGCUCAGCAAGUUCAGCAAGCUCAGCAAGCUCAACAAGCUCAAGCUCAAGCUCAACAGGCACAAUCUUCACAACAACAAGGACAAGGCAAUCUAGCAUCUCAAAAUGGUCAGCAACCGAUGAAUCCACAGCAGGUUCAAUUUCAACAAUACUAUCAAUUUCAACAGCAACAACAACAAGCAGCUGCCGCAGCCGCUGCUGCUGCUCAGCAAGGUAUGGCAUAUGGCUACACUGGCUACGAUUACACAUCUCAAGCAUCAAGAGGGUUCUACUAA